UAUUUAGAAAUAAUAUAAAAUUUCUGAAAAAUGUGUUGCAGUAUGAAGAUCAUUUGAAACUACUUUGAUUUGAACUGGGCUAGUUAUUAGGUCACGAAUUAUUAUUGCUGCAUCACUUAUUUCCAAAGUUAUGCUUUUUUUCAAUUUUAAAAACUUUGGAAAUUUCUUUUUAAAAUGUAAAGUACCGUAAUUUCUAUAUAAAUGUGACUAAAAAAUAAUUUACUGUAUCAAAAUAUACUAAUAAGCAAUCAUUAUUCGUUAGAGGAAGAUGAUUGUUAUUAAUGUAUUGACAGUGAUUUUUAAACUUUGACAGAUGGUAAUAAUAAGUGGGAUCGAUGACCACUGAAUAGCGAAUGCUGAUGCAGCGCCGCCUCCCAUAUAGGUUAGUUUACCUGUGCAGCGGUCGAAAUGAGGUCUCCACUCAUUUCGCUACAGAUCAAUAAAAAGACAAGUCACACACUUGUGAUCGAUUCUCUAGUACACGCCACGAUAAGUUGUCUUUUUUAUUAAUUAAAUAAAAGCCUCGAGAAGAAUGAAAGUAUUUCGAGUAUCGUGAAUGCGGGUUUCAGUGAUUAAAUUCGCUCAUUAAGAUAAAAAACAGUCCAACGUUAAAUCAAAACACAUCCAAAACUUUGUAACGUCCAACCACUGAGUGUUUGUUUACAAGUUUAAUAUGGCAGCCUUACCACCGCCCGAAAAGGUUUCCGGACCUCACUAUGCAAUUUUCGAUGCAUAUUUUAAUUAUGUCGAUGCUAAAAAGACUGGACAAAUUGGAGCUUUGGAUGCUGCUAAAUUCCUUAAAAAGUCCAAUUUAAGUGACAUUAUACUUGGAAAAAUUUGGGAUAUGGCAGAUCCAAACUCCCGAGGAUAUUUAGAUAAGCCAGGAAUGUUUGUCGCAUUAAAACUAUGUGCUUUGUCUCAAAAUGGACACAGCCUGAAUAUGGCUAACAUUUUCAUGGAUGUACCUCCACCUAAAAUGGGGGACAUUAAAAUCCAACCACCUAAGUGUCCUCAGUCUAUAUCACCAGUUCCUGGUGCUACUAAUUGGUCGAUUAAUCCUCAAGAGAGAGCUAAAUAUGAAAAACUCUUUCAUAGUUUAGAACCAACGUCUGGAUAUAUACCAGGUAACAAGGUCAAAAGUGUUCUAAUGGAUAGUAAACUACCGUUAGAAACUUUGGGCAAGAUAUGGGACUUAGCAGAUAUGGAUAAAGAUGGCAAAUUAAAUUUACACGAAUUUACAAUUGCAAUGCAUUUAGUAUAUAAGGCAUUGGAAAAAAAUGCUGUACCUAAUGUUUUACCUUCUGAAUUAUUAGAAAAUAGAGCUGCUCCUCCUAUUGUACCAGUACAGGACCCAAUAACUUUUGAACCAAAACCAAUCAAGCCUCCUAUGCCUGCUGCUCCUGCUAUUCCUCCGAUAGCCUCAAUACCUGCCAUACCUAUAAUUCCUCCUGUACCUACCAAAAGUGAUUGGAUUAUAUCAGCAGAAGAACAAAGAGCAGCCAAUGAGUUAUUUUCUAAAGCUGAUAGAGAUAUGGAUGGAUUCGUUUCUGGAGCAGAAAUUAAAGAUGUUUUUUUGCAGAGUGGACUUCCUCAAACAGUGCUUGCUCAUAUUUGGGGUCUUUGUGACAUGUCUCAAAGUGGAAAAUUGAACAAAGAACAAUUUGCUUUAUCGAUAUAUUUAAUUAAGCAAAAACUCAGUGGUAAAGAUUUACCUAAUCAAUUGCUACCCAACAUGAUUCCACCAUCUCAAAGAAGAAAAUCUCAAGAAGCACCUAUAGAAAAUAAUAAUGUUUGCACUUACUCAAACCCAGAACUAAAUAUGAUAGCCCAAGAGAUCAAUGAAAUCAUUAGAGAAAAAUUGACCAUUGAACAAGAUAUAUCUCAAAAAGAAGCAGAUAUAAAAAUUAAAAAUGGUGAGAUGAAGAGCCUUCAAAGCGAACUUGAUACUCUUGCAGCAACUCUCAGACAAUUGGAUAAUCAGAAAGGUGAAGCCCAAAAACGAUUAAAUGAUCUUAGAUUACAAGUUGACAAACUUCAACAACAAGCAACUGACCAAGAAGCAACUCUCAAAGCACAAGAAGAUGAAUUAAACAGUAAAAGGCAAGAAAUUGAAGCUUUCCGACAAACUGAACAAAAAUUAGAAACUCAACAAACAGAAUUUAAAAACAAACUCAAUGAUUUGACAAAACAACUUGCAUCUAUACAACUUCAAAUAAGUCAAACUAAAGCUGGAAUGACGCAGUUAAAUGAACAGAAGCGCCAAAUUACUGAUGCUAUAGCUCAAUUUGAUUCCGCACUUGCAAUGCAAGAUGCGACAAUGGUUCCAGAUUCAGCACUUUUAUUUAAAGCACUUCUGGAUCCAUCUAUGUAUAAUCUAAAUGGUAAUGCACCACCAGAAACAACUGCUCCAACAGAAGAGAUAAAAAGAGACGCUUACAAUAAUAACCAACAAGCCACUGAUGCAUGGGGCACACCAUCCUUUCCAUCAGAUACCCAAGAUCCUUUUGCUGAGAAAUUUCAAGAACUCCAGGAAAGUGUUAAAGAUCCCUUUGGAGACGAUCCAUUUGCAGCUCUUCAUGCACCAGUUCGAGGCCAAAGUCCUAGUCCAGCUUUGCCACCCAAGAAAAGUAAACAACCACCCCCACGUCCUGCACCUCCAAGACCAACUCAUGGACCUACAUUACAAGCUCAAUCUUCACCUGUUCCACCAUCUAGUAGUCCAGAUCCAUUUGGCGACAAAGCUUUUGGUAUUAGUAGUAGUGCCGCUAUGGAUGGUUUUGCUGAUUUUGCAAAUUUUGAUGGAAAUUAAGGAAUUUCAGAUAAUAUAAUCAUCAUUAUCAAAUAUCAUUAUAAAAUUGAGAUUAUUAUACACACAUAGUAGACCGUUGUUGCAGAGCUUUGAUUAAACUCAUCAUUGCAUGUGCCAUUGAUUACUAUUUGUUUCGUGGAGCGUAUUUUGAAACAAAUUGUGACAGGAUUUUUUGUGGAAUGCAAGAUGAUUUGAUUAACAUAUCUCUAUAAAAAUCGUAAAUAAUCGUCUUAUAGUAUUGGCUAAAUAGGAAAAUUAUUAAUAUUCACCUGCACAACUGUGAGAAUAUAGAUGUUGUUUCAUGAUUAUGUAUGAAAAAUUAACUGUUAUUCAAAAAUGACGUUAAUAUAUAUUGAACUAUUUCAGCGAUUUCAUGGAUUCCCUUUACAGAAUUAUAUGUAUACUCUAAAUAUUAAUAUUUGAACUCAAAGUUGAGUUUAAUAACUUUUUUCAAAUGCUACACUUACGUCAAUGUAUGUACGUAUGUAAGGCAACGUAAAACUAGAUUGAUUUUACGGGUUAAUCUGUUAAUGUAUAUUAAUUACGUUUAUAUGUAAAUAUGGAAGAAAUUUCGUUUUAUUCGUUUUUAGGCUUGAAUUGUUAAGUGGUGAUUCCUAUGAUUACUGUUAGUAUACGUCGACGUAUUUAUAUUUUAUUAUUAUUGUGCAUGAAUCUUAUAAGUUUUAUGUAUGAUGACAAAAAUAACGUUUUGUUUUCAAAAGAUAUUUAUGUACACACCAAAGCGUAUGAAUAUCAAUAAUAAUGUAAUAUCAUGCUUAAACCUCAUUAUCGUUUAUUCCAAUUCUUAUAUAAUAUGUGGUUGUAAUAAUGAAGAAAGUGUGAAAUUGUCAGAACAAAUAAAAAACCAAAAUACAAA